CCCGUGGACUGCAUUCACACAGACGGGUUGAGAGAAUCAGCUGUAGCUUGGCACGCCGAAAUCACUGCUAUCUGCCAGUACACAGCCAGCAGUCAUGAGCGAGGCACCCCAGAAGGAACAGGUGCAGAAGGCCAAGUUGGCCGAGCAGGCCGAGCGCUACGAUGACAUGGCCGCCGCGAUGAAGGCCGUGACGGAGGAGAACAGCGACCUGUCGAACGAGGAGCGCAACCUGCUCUCCGUGGCCUACAAGAACGUGGUGGGCGCCCGCCGCUCCUCGUGGCGCGUGGUGUCCAGCAUCGAGCAGAAGGCCGAAGGCGAGAGGAAGAGGGCCAUGUCCAAAGAGUACCGCGAGAUGAUCGAGAAGGAGUUGAAGGAGAUCUGCCAGGACGUGCUGGCUCUCCUGGACACUUUUCUCAUCGUCAACGCCGUCGAAGCGGAGAGCAAAGUCUUCUAUUUGAAAAUGAAGGGAGACUACUACCGCUACUUGGCUGAGGUGGCGACCGGAGAAGCGAGGAAAGCCAUCAUGGACGACUCAAAGAACGCCUACCAAGGCGCCUUUGAUAUCAGCAAAACUAAAAUGCAGCCCACGCACCCCAUCCGUCUUGGUCUCGCACUCAAUUUCUCCGUUUUCUAUUAUGAGAUCCUCAACUCACCUGACAAGGCCUGCCAGCUGGCUAAAGACGCUUUCGAUGAGGCCAUUUCAGAGCUUGAUGCACUGAGUGAAGAUUCGUACAAAGACAGUACACUAAUCAUGCAGCUACUGAGAGACAACUUGACACUGUGGACCUCUGACAACCAGGUGGAGGCAGAGGACACGGAGGAGACCAGAGAAUGAGCCCGACCCCACAGUCGUCCCUGUCUACCUGCCAUCAUCCCGGUUCAUCUUCGACAUGUCCAUCAACACUGAGACCACCUUAUUAUUAUUAUUAUUAUUAUCAUUGUCGUCCAAAAAAUCUCUCCAUCUUUUUUCUAUUUAGUUCUCUCAGCGCUCAUCUCAUUCCUGCCGGUCUACUAUUCCUCCUUUUUUGUAGUAACUGUGGGGGGAAGGGGAUGGGGAGGGGAGGGUAAGUUUUAAAUUGCGUGGCGGGGAGGGUCCAUGUGGAAGGGUAAAGUGGGUUUGGUUGCUUGUCUGCUGACCUUUUUUCUUUGUGUGGGAGCAAUGGGGUUGUUGCGUUAUUGAGGUGGUGGGUGAGAGGCCGAGUCGUCGGCUCGUGAACACGCAGCAGGGCGAGCGUUUAGAGGCGGGAAACAGUCCGUGUGUGUGUGUGUGUGUGCGUCCUCUUCGUGUUCACGGCCCGCGUCUCGAUGAUGAAUCUGGUCUCACGACGAGGAGUUGGCUGCUCGCGGCGGCGUAGGAGACGCGAGGAAUGGCGGCGGAGGUUUAGUUGGAACACAACGGUUACAUUCCAUUUACUGUCAGUUGCUCAACUUUCUACUCAUUUUGUUUUGUUUUCGGGUGAACUGCUUUUGUAUUUCUAUGUAUUGAAUUACGAGGUAUAGAAAAAUAUUUAAGAACAAAAGAGCACACAAGCUUUUUAUGAGCACCGCAGUUCAAAAAACAAAAUGCCACGUGCUAAUCUAGUUACUGCUUUAUCAAAUUUAAGAUUUUGAUUUGUCUUUUAUUCUCCUUUGUUUUCUUUUGAUACUUGCCUAAACUGCAUGUUGGUAAGAAUUAGUUUGUGGAGAUGUAAGGAUGGUUGUGGUCGGGCGGGCUAGCUUUGUUCAUGUCUUUGGAAUUUUCAUACAGAACACCCAAGCAUAACUGUUAUUUGGGGGGAAAUGUGUAAUUUCAUGUAAGUGGAAUAAAAAAUAAUUUAAAAGUUUCAA